AUGGGAACAGAAGACUGGUACGUGCCCACCACAGCUUCAGAAAAGGCGACCAGUUACGGGAUCCUGUAUGACACCUACCCGCUGUCGGAGGAGACCUGGCACACCCAUCAGUUCGCCUUCAUCAAGGACCAUGCCUUCCGCUUGCUGCAGCCCGGCGGGGUCCUCACCUACUGCAACCUGACCUCCUGGGGGGAGCUGCUGAAGACCAAGUACAGCGACAUCGAGAAGAUGUUUGAGGAGACCCAGGUAGGGCACCUGGUGGAGGCCGGGUUCAAGAAGGAGAACAUCAGCACGAGGGUGAUGGAGCUGGUGCCCCCCGAGGACUGCAGGUACUACUCCUUCCACAAGAUGAUCACGCCCACCAUCGUUAAGCACUGA